CCGCAGCACAUCUCAUGUUGUGGAAUGAGAGCUGGAGGUUAACCCAGGCUGCAGCUUCUGCACAAAUAGCCCGGGUCUUGGAAGGUCUACCCUGGGCUAAGUUACUAAGCUCCCCUCUACUUUUCACGAAGUGGUUGCUCCCACUCCACCCGGAAGUGCUUACAGCCGGAUCCGGGGGAUGAGCUGGUGGCAGGACAUGGACCAGCGUGGCGGUGUCUCCAGUCCGAGCGGUGCACUGGCGUCUGCCGAGCCAGCUCCUGCCUCGGUGACCCUGGCGGAGCUCCUGCACCUGGUACAGAAGGGCCAGGAGGUCCCGGGCCUGGAGAAACGCCACAUCACUGCGACCCACGGUGAACCCACCGCGUCUCUGCUCCCUCGGAGGCCCAAGCCCUGGGAAGAUGCGGGCUCGGCCGCCUCACCCUGCACCAUCGCCCUAGACACGAGGACGCAGCCUCCGACCAUCGAGGAGCGAUCCCGGGGCAGUCCAGCCGCCCAACUCGACGGAGGCCCAAGGGUUUCCUGAUGCUCGAGGUGUUUCCCGAGGGCAUGACUGGGUCCUACACAAACUUGAGUCUGGACACUUGCCACCUGUGGGACUCAAUGUUGCCUAGUAAUUUUGUUUUUGGAUGCCAAAUUUCAACUUCAUACUGUGUCCUAGUCCAUUUGUGUAACGGAAAUAAGUUUCCCUUGUCACUGUAGGACAGCACAACCUCCUGGACCCGCUUGUUCUGAUGAUACCGAUAAACCGAUAUCCAAAAGGCAUUUCUAACUUG